AUGGCAGAAAAUAAAGAAAUUAUUCCAGAGAAAGAGUUCGAGAUUGAAUCUGAAAUAUACAAUGAUGAUUCUAAAACAAACCAAGAAGAAAAGUUUGUACUGAAAGGAGGUUUAGAAAAUAAUCCUGAUCUAGAAACACAGGAAAUAUUUGAUGAUAUCUUAUAUCCUGACAAUGAAAAGAGAGAAAGAAGAGCAUGUGAAUUACAAGACGAUAUUAAAUUAUAUGUAAAUAAUCUUAUCGAAAAAGGAGAAAUGUUAAAUUCUAUUUUUGAAAAUUUAAAACAAAAAUUAGAUUUAAUUGAAGACGAAUUAAACUUUUCUGAAUUAAAAGAAGAAAUUACAAUACCGAUUUAUCAAGAAUAUAAUUUUUCAAUUUCUAAAAUUAUUAAAUAUGUGUUUGAUAUUGAAGUAUUUUCAAAAGUAACUAAUCAUGCUUAUAAAUUUAUAUUAAUGAAACGAAAGGAUGUUAAAAUUCCUUUUGAUAAUUUUGGGUUUAGUUGGACUUCUGAAGUUUUUGAAAGGAUACAAACAAUAUCUCUUGGUCUUGAUGGUGGUUUUGGUUUAUUUGAUCUAAUGAUAGGUGCUAUUUCUGGUACUAUGAAAAGAAAUAAACUGCAAAAAUUUAUUUGGGAAUGUUUACAACCACGCAUCGAAUUGAAACAUGAUGUGAUGGUUUUAGAUUUACUCAUAUUUGAAUUUCAAGGAUUUAUAGGUGGAUUGGAUUAUAUUAGAACUAGAAAACUCACAAAAGAAGAAUUGCGUGAAAUCUUUAAAUUAUCAGAACAAAGAUGUGUUGAGAAAGUUAAGGAAAUUAAUUAUAGUAAAGCAAAAGAAAUAUUAAAACAAAUAGAUGAACAAAGAGGUUCCUGGAAAAAUAAAGAAAUUAUUUACGAAAAUGAAUCUGAAUAUGUUGGUGAUACUAAAAUCAAAGAAAAGUUUGUACUGAAAGGAGGUUUAGAAGAUGUGGAAACAAUGAUGGGGGUUUUCGAACCUAUAUUUUAUCCUGACAAUCAAAACAGAUUGAAAAGAGUGAAUAAAUUAGCAAAUGAUAUCAGGACUUUUUCAGUUGAACUUGUUGAUAAAAAGGACAAAUUGGAUUUUGAGCUUGGAAGAUUAAAAGAAAUAUUGGAAAAAAUUGGAAAUGAUUUGAAAUUUUUUAAACUUAAAGAAGAAAUUACAGUACCGAUUUAUGAAGAAUAUAAUUUCACGAUUCCUAUAGUUAUAAAAUAUAUUAUCGAGAGUUUGAUAGUUUUAAAGCAGAUGUUUUUUGAGUUGGUUACAGAUGAGAUUAAAGCAUUGGUAAAUGGAUUGAAUUACGUUCGAACUAGAAAUCCUACAAAGGAAGAAAUAGAAAAUAUGUUUGAAGAGAUAAAAGUAAGAUGUGAUGAGAAAAUUAAGGAAAUUGAUGAUGGGAAUAAAGUGAAUGAAGCACUGGAAAAAUUAGAUAAAGGAAGAGAAUCUUGGGUAGUCGAGAAUUGA